UUUUUCCGCACUUGUCGCUCAAGUCAAACGUCUUAAUGUCGAGCAACAUUGGUUAAAUAGUCUUAAAUAUGUUAUAUUUGUCAUUAUAAAAUUGUUAGAUUAUUGUAAAGAUUUAUAGCUACAUUUAUUGGUUUCUUCUGAAUAAGCGGAACACUUAUCUAUACGAAAGUUAACCUCAACCAUAUACAGGCAUGACGUCUGUCAAGUUAUUAGAAGAUAGGAUACUAGAAUUGGAAAAGCAGAUUUAUGGACUUGGGAAGGUAUUGCAGCUAGACGAUCCAUUACCAGAAACAUCUAUUACCGAUAAUCUCUUACAUACGAAUACAUUGAUCUCUUCGGCAUUAUCAGGCAGGGAAAAGAUAAAUGAGGCUAUAAAACGAUUACCAGAAUUGAAUAAACACUUAGAUAUAACUUUGGAAGAAUUAGAUAUGCCCAUAGAAGCUAAAUUGCAUUUAUUGCUACUUCUGGAGCAAGAAAUUAUUGAUAAUCAUAAAUAUUUAAACGAAAUACAGGAAUUGAUGCCAGUUUUAGAAACAGAUUCUUUAAAAGAUGUUCCAGAAUUAUCUGUAAAACUUAAUGAAUUAUCUUUGAAACAAUUGAAAAUACAUGAGGAAGCCGAAGCGUUUACAAAAAAUAUGCAUUCUGUCUUCUGUAUGUAUAACGAUGUGAUAGAUAGUAUAUCUAAAACAUUGAUUAGCUUGGAUAAAGAAAUUACACGUGCUGAAACUAGUAAAAAGUAGAUAAGUGACAUUAGUACACCGUUAAUUUAUUCUGCAUUUCUGCGUUUCUUUGGAGUAGAGGUUACAUAGAUGAUUGUAAAGGUAUCGAGUUCAGGAUUACUUUUAUAUAUACAUAUAUAUAUACAUAUACAUAUAUACAUAUAUAUAUAUAUGUAUAUGUAUAUAUAUAUAUAUAUAUUUAUUUAUUAUUCAUGGCUUAAAAUAUAAAAAUACUUACGAAUUCAUUGAUGCCUAUGCAUAAAUGAAAGUGUUUCAUUAUAAUAUUAUUAUUGAACAUAAAUGAAAUUGUACACUAUUGAACAUAUUUCAUUAUUAGUGUAUCAAUAACAAUGUAUUUUAUUACAAUAAUCAUAUAUACAUUUACCCUAUCUAUUGUUUAAUCUUAUCCAUCAUUCGUUUCAGGAAUUCUACGCAAGAAUCACUGAGACAAAUCAUCGAUCGAAUAUAAUCGAUCGUUAAUAUGUUAUUAUCGUUGGUCUCUUCCGUUAAAUGUUUUUAUUUCUGAUUUAUAGUAUUCGUAAGAGUCUUCGUACAAUCUAGAAAGAUUCAACAAAUAUAAUACUUUCAUAUGCA